AAAAAAAGAAAAAAAAAACCCAAAGCUCUCCAACAACCAACAUUUUGCUGAACAAAUCCCAACCUCACCACAUCCCCCUCUCUAGGAUUUCUCUUCAACCAUGACCCUUCCACUCCCAUCUCUCCUCUAUCUCACCCUUUCAAAUUUCCGACUAAAACCCUAGCUUCCCUACCUUUUACCCACCAAACCACAAAUUCGAACUCAACCCAAAGAAUAAGAAAGGAGAAUCACAGUCCUUGUACAUAAAGCAUAAAAAUUUCGCUUUUUUUGUGCUUUUGUGUUAUUACUUUAUAGUUGUCAGCUAUAAAGUACCAGCAGUAUUCUUAGUUAAUUUUAUUAUCCUAAGAUACCCAUAACUUUUUUGGCAUUGAAUUUCGAUUUUGGGUCGGAUUGAGGUCUAGAAAUAUUAUAAUUUAAUUUUAUCCUAGGUACGCAUUAGCGUUUUGGUGUUGAAUUUUGGGUUUUGAGUCGUAUUCAAAUUUUGAUUUUUGGGGGUGUAAUUUAUGGAUAUGGCACUUGAAUCGUCGUUUUUCAAUGCACACAGGUUAGUUUCUGGCACAAAAUCAUUGUAUUUGGUGCCUUCCAAUCGGCAAAUGAGAAUGCCGAUGAAGAUUUUGGAGAAAAGUAAUGGCUACCCGUCUCAGUUAGUGUUAACUUGCAUAGGUCCUCGUGGUUUUAGGAGCUAUUUCCGUGCUAGAUGUCGAGUAAACGACUCGUCUUUUGCAGGUAGAGCUGGUUUGAAAUUUGUAGGCGAAGAUACUGAGAGUUUGAGCGAUGAAAAUGCGGUUUACGGUGUGAAUUUAGACUUUGUUAGAGAGUCGGUGAAGCGUGGGAUUAUUUUGGCGGCAAUUGUUUGUGGGGUUUUGGUGUUUGGGUGUAAGAGAGUCUUUGCGAUGGAAGGUCUGGUGAAUGCUGGUUAUGGGGUAAUUGGGCGGAGCAUGUUGUCGUUGAGGAAUGCAUGGCCAAAGACGUUACAGGUUCUUCAGGUUUUCAAGGAGCAGGGUCUGAUUUUGGCAGCGCUUUUGGGACUUUCAGCGUUUUUCUCCAUGGCGGAGACUUCAAUUACCACGCUCUGGCCUUGGAAGGUGCGUGAAUUGGCUGAAAAGGAGCCUGAAAAUGGUGUCUUCAGAAAGCUUCGUAGUGAUGUCACGCGGUUCCUAACUACCAUACUUAUUGGCACAACUGUCGUCAAUAUUGGAGCAACUGCCUUAGUCACUGAAGCUGCAACAGCAAUAUUUGGUGAAGCUGGUGUGAGUGCAGCGACUGGAGUAAUGACAGUAGCCAUUUUGCUUCUCACAGAGAUCACUCCAAAAAGUAUUGCUGUUCACAAUGCCACCGAGGUUGCUAGGUUUGUGGUCAGACCAGUGGCAUGGCUUUCCUUGGUAUUAUACCCAGUGGGAAGAGUUGUUACAUAUUUAUCUAUGGGGAUGCUAAAAAUCCUUGGUUUAAAAGGAAGAAGCGAGCCAUAUGUAACUGAAGAGGAGUUGAAACUGAUGUUGCGAGGGGCAGAAUUGAGUGGGGCAAUAGAGGAGGAAGAACAGGAUAUGAUUGAAAAUGUAUUGGAGAUUAAAGAUACCCAUGUUAGAGAGGUGAUGACACCCCUUGUAGAUGUGGUUGCAAUUGAUACCGGUGCAACACUUGUAGAUUUUCAUAACUUGUGGGUGACUCAUCAAUAUUCAAGGGUUCCUGUUUUUGAGCAGCGUGUUGAUAAUAUAGUGGGUAUUGCAUAUGCAAUGGAUCUGCUGGAUUAUGUUCAGAAGGGUGAGCUGCUAGAAAGUACUACUGUUGGUGAUAUGGCUCACAAACCCGCAUACUUUGUGCCUGAUUCAAUGUCAGUCUGGAAUCUUCUUAGGGAGUUUCGCAUCAGGAAGGUUCACAUGGCUGUUGUUCUUAACGAAUAUGGUGGAACUGUGGGAAUUGUAACCCUGGAAGAUGUGGUUGAGGAGAUUGUUGGUGAAAUUUUCGACGAAAAUGAUUCAAAGGAGGAGAUUCAGAAAAAGACUGGCUACAUAGUAAUGCGAGCAGAGGGAGUAUUUGAUGUGGAUGCAAACACUUCUAUUGAUCAGCUCUCUGAAGAUCUAAAUAUCAAGAUGCCAGAGGGUUAUCAAUAUGAGACGGUGUCAGGUUUUGUAUGUGCAGCAUUUGGUUAUAUUCCUCGAACAGGCGAGAGCAUCAAAGUGGUCCUUGAAAGGGAAAAUCGAGAAGAAAAUGACGAGUCUAAAUCUGACCACCAGGAUCAAAAAGAAAAGUGUCAAAUAUUUAAACUUGAGGUACUUGCUGGAAAUGCCAGAAAGGUCAGUGCUGUUCGAUUUGAACGGAUAAACAAUGAUGAGACAAUGAUGGGGACCAAAGAAGUGACUCGUUUGUUUCCCAAAAUCAUGAAGAGGAAAGUGGGCGGUGAUGAGGACGCUGAUGGUACAGAAUAUGAUGACGAUGCAUUCCCAAGGGGACCGGAGGAUGAUGAUGACUCUAUUCAACAUGAAGAUGAAUCAUAAUAGUCAAAGUAACGCUUGUUACAUUGCUGUUUGUAUUUCCCAUUCUUAACAGCCCCAUGGAAGAAGUAAAAGAUUGAGAACAAAUUAACAAAAAUGAGAAUCAGCAAUGAGCUAACAUUGUAAAAUUUUCACAGAUGAAGAGAAGUGUCAACAUCUGAAUCAUCAAAAUUACUUGUUCUGUCCAUGACUGAUUCUGUGGAA